CAGAGCACCGAUGUCUACAAUGUCUAGAAAAAGUGCACGAUUGUUAUCGAGAACCAAAAGCGAUGAAGAAACUGCACCAGCUGCUAAAGUGAGCAGGAAAAGGAAGGCAGAAGAGGAUUUAGACGAAGAUACAACGAUGAUUAAAAGAACGAAGACGUACAGAAUUGAAACGCAGUGGAUACCCAUCUCUGAGAACUCCUCCAUUUCAACGUGCACACUAGUACCUAGUCACCCACCCACACCAGAAAGUGAAGAAAAGAAACCAACAGAUAUCAUUUUAGGUUCAAAAUUUCGCUUCAGAAACUACUUUAUAUCCACAAACAGAUCAUCUCCACUUCCUAAAUUAAGUUGGGCAGACUCGAGAGAAGUAUGGCAAUUCAUGUUGAAGAAGGAAUCCCAUUAUCAUCGAGAUGUAAACCUAUUUAAGAAUCACCCAGCUUUACAGUCAAGAAUGAGGACUAUCUUAUUGGACUGGCUCAUUGAGGUGUGCGAGGUGUAUCGGCUACACAGGGAGACUUUCUACCUGGGCGUGGACUUUGUGGAUCGAUAUAUGAGUUUAAGUAAUGGGAUACAGAAACACCAACUUCAGCUCAUUGGCAUCACAUCGUUGUUCAUAGCAGCCAAGUUAGAGGAAAUCUACCCACCAAAGAUAGCAGAGUUCGCGUACGUAACAGAUGGCGCCUGUACAGAAGAUGAAAUUUUGGACCAAGAACUGAUCAUGUUGAAGGCACUGAACUGGGACUUAUCACCACUUACCACCAAUGGUUGGCUCAACCUAUACCUACAAGUUGCCAAUAUAGAUCACAUUGUGGAAUCAGAGCAUGGAUUUGUCUUCCCUCAGUAUUCCUCUCAUGCAUUUAUACAAAUAGCUCGGUUGGUGGACUUGUGUAUCCUGGACAUUGGCUGUCUUCAGUUUCCCUACAGUGUCAUUGCUGCCUCUGCACUCUAUCACCUCACAACCAAAGAAAUUGCCCUCUCAGUCUCUGGCUUUGCAUGGGUAGACAUUCUUCAGUGUGUGAGCUGGAUGGCUCCCUUUGCAAUAACUGUGCGAGAGUCUGGUCCUGCAGAAGUGAAGUUCUUUCCUAAUGUGGCACCAGAGGACAGCCAUCACAUCCAGACACAUUCUAUUGACCUCAGCCUCCUGGAAAAGGCACAGGAAAGGCAGGAACAAGUGCUUAGCUCUUUGCGAGCAGGAAGUCCAGACCUGCAGGCUCAAGUGAUCACACAACUAACACCACCUCACAGUAACAAAAAGACUGGCUCUACAAGUGAUCUAAUGUCCUCACCACAUCAAGAUGAAAUACGGGAAAAUACAGAAGAAUGCAACUGAUACGGCGCAGCGAGGUGUGCAUUAUGAUUGUGCUAUUUGAGGACCUUUACCAAGGGUAUCAUAGACUAAAGGAUAUUAGGACAGACAACUGCUUCAUAGCCUCUAGGAGAAUGACUCUUUGGUAUGAGAUAGUGCAAAAUACUAGGAAAGUGAAAGCAGGUCUGUCAAAAUGUAUUUCUGUUUGUCAUAUAAAACAGCAAAAUUCAGAUCAUAGAUGACACUGAAUGAAUAUGGAUAUUACUUCUACUCGUGUGCAAUAAACGAUGAAACCUGUGCAACGAUUGAAAGACAGUUUUUUCUCCUUCAGCGCAUUAGAUAUUUGACAAUUGACCUGACAGAGUAAAAGAUAUUGGACAUAUGAACUGACAGAAUUGGAUUGAUCUGAUAUU